AUGGCCGGUGUGCCACCGUCACGAUCGUCGGGUCCAGACAAACCAUUGGACUCGGAAGCACUCUGGCAACUCGCAACGCAGCACUGGGCGCGACCAGAUAGCGCCCGUCCAGCAGACAGUGCUCAUCUCGCGACCAUCCGGCAGGAGCUCAAAGGCGAUCAUCUCGGACGCGCCUUCUUUGGACUCGGGAGGCAACUGCGCGGACUUGGUCCCUCCGAGAAUCACCCCCUAUCCUCUGGAAGAAGCGGAUAUCAUCAUGCCGGCCUCGUUCCGGUGACGACCUUUCAAUGUCCACAGGAGUGGUAUGAAGAUCCAAUUGACUUCAUUAAAGACAUUGAGACCGCGGUUGAACGGGAUUACGCCCGAGAAACGACGGCGUUGAACACCGCCAUGGUACAGACCAAGACAUAUAUCAUCGAGCCUUCCUAA